GUGAAAUUUAUACGGCGAGAUGAAAUUCACCCCGACAAGUAUUGUGUGCAUCAAUCGCCGUUGAAUUCCACCCGAAAAAUCUGUACGACGAAGUUAAAAUUCACCUGAAAAAAAGUCGAAGCUCUCAUCGAGAGGAAAUUAAUGCAGAUUUUUUUGAGAGCCAUUACGCUCUAAAAAAAAUAUGUUCUCGCUGCCACUUUCCCCUCCCUCCCCUCUUCCCCUCUCCUCUCUCGGUCUCUCUUUCUCGCCCCUUGGUCUAUGCAAAGCCGUCUUCCUCCUUGUGUCGAAGCCGGCGAUCUUCCUCUCUUCCUUCACGCCGACGGAAGGUGAGACCCCUGUGUUCGCAGAUCUUCCUCCUUGUGUUGAAGCCUGUGAUUUGGCUCUCUGUCGAAGCUGGCGAUCUUCCUCUCAUCCUUCGCGCAGGGGUUGGCUGAAAGAAGCUCUUUUUUAUCUCUCUUCAGGUGACGCACCCUUGACAGUUCAAGCUAUAUCAACAACUAUUCGUCUUCCUUUUAAUCAUCGAUUGCUUGUGCAGAAUUUAACAUUCUGAGAAUGUGAACACCCUCACACGUACUGCUAGAGGUUUUCAAUUUGUCAAAUGUUGCGAAAUAUUGCAAGAGAUGGUGGACACUGGACUCCUAGAUAGUCAUACGCGAAUGAAGAACAUGGACAUGUUAGCAGAAGACACCAAUUCCAUGAUAUUUGUCAACCUUUCACCUCCAGACCGGCUGACAUGGUUUAGGUAAGAGCUGAUUGUUAUACAUUCAAUGGUUAAUUAUUUGUAUAAUUCAUGUCAUGCAAAACAUGUAUUUUGUGAUGUUAUUAGCAUAAUUCCAUGAUCUUUGAUGUUGUUUGAAAUUGUUGUUGUACAUGCAGUUUGUUCUUGUUCAUGUAUUGAAACACAUCUUUGAAAUUUUGUUAUUAAAUAAUUUUUGUUAUAUGUACAUGCAGUUUAGUGAAUAUGGCCGAUAUUGAAUGUUCGAUGACAACGAUGAUGAGUGACAACGAUGAUGAGCGAGUCCUUUUCAUCAUUCGACUAGUUUAUGUCUUCAUCCUCUUUUGGUUAAGAUGACAAGAACAAUUUAGGAGGAUUGCUCAUCCAUUUAAAGAUGCUGGUACAUCUUUUAUUCAACUUAUGCUUCGAGGUCAUCCUAGAAAUUCUAUGGACUUACUCCGUAUGGACGGACACACAUAUAUGACAUUGUGUAACACUCUAAGAGCUAGAAAUUUGUUGGAGGAUGCUCGUGACAUUACCGUAGAAGAACAAGUAGCUAUUUUUCUUUUGACAAUUGGACAUAAUGAAUGAAAUCGUGCCGUUCAAAAUACGUUUCAACAUUCUGGACAAACAAUCAGUAAAUAUGUCAGCCUAGUCCUGCGAGCGAUAUGUAUAAUGGAUAAGGAGUACGUUCGGCAGAACAAUGAUGAGAUGUCAGCACAUAUUCGACAAUCUAAACGAUUUUUUCCAUAUUUUCAUGUAAUUAGCAGUACCUCCAACUUGUAUAUAUGCAUAUAGAAUUGUUUAGGAGCAAUCGAUGGCACCCAUGUACCUGCAUGGGUCCCAGCUUCAAAUCAGGCAAGGUAUCGCAAUAUAAAAGGACUCAUUUCUCAGAACGUCAUGGCUGUAGUUGGAUUCGACACUCGAUUCCACUACGUUUUGGUUGGAUGGGAAGGAAGUGCAAGAAACUCAAGAGUAUUGUACAAUGCACUUGAUCAUCAAACCAACCUGUUUGUUGUUCCAUAAGGUACGUAGUUCCACCAACCAAUGCACUCUUUUAACACGCAUGAUUGUAGGUAAAUAUUAUCUUGCUGAUAAGGGAUAUCCAAACAUUGAAGGUUUGCUUAUACCUUAUCGAGGGCAUCGUUAUCAUAUGUUUGAGUUUAACACUCGGAGAGCACGCUCACCUAGAAUUAAAGAAUAAUUAUUCAACCAUAGGCAUUCAUCACUUCGAAAUACAGUAGAAAGGUCAUUUUUCAAUAUUGAAAAUGCAAGUGCAGUAUCCAUUCAAAAAAUAAGUUCUAAUUGUUCUUGCUACAUGUGUAUUGCACAACUUCAUAAUUAAACAAACUCCAAAUACUGAGCAAUUUGUUGAUGAAGAUGCAACUUCAAAUGAUAACUUUGUCUUAAGUGAACCGGAAUUUGCAAGCCAAACACAUUGGGGAGGAAGCAACAAUUCUCUGAGAGCAGCUAUAACAUCUCAAAUGUUUACAGAUUAUCAAUUGAAUAGUAAGUUUGUUUAUGAAUUUUGACUAUUGUUUCAUUUAAUUGUUUGACAUUUGUUUUGUUUUGAAUAAGACGAUGAAGAUGAUGUCUCGGCAAAAGUACUAUGUCGUUUUCGAAGGUUGGUCGCGAGGCAUAUAUGAGAGUUGGGAGUGGUGCCAACCUUUAGUAUGUCGGUACAAUGGUGCCCUCUUCAUAUCGUUUGAUUCUUCAGAUCGUUUUCUUUGUUGGAUAUGUACUUAUUAAACUUUUUUUUUUUUGUGGAUGGUAGGGAGUACUCCAUUUUGUGGAUAUGUAAUCAUUAAGCUUUU